CCGCGGCCCCCCCGCCCCGUAACGGUCCCCUUCUCCCCCCCUCCUUCCCCACCUCCCGCAGCUCCCGGGCUCUUCCCCCCGCCGCGCCGCCGGGACCCCUUCGUGCGCCGCCGGGGAGGCCGCGGCGAUGAGGAGGAGGAGGAGGAGGAGAGGAGAGUGGACUCGGCGGAAGCCUCGCUGCUGAACAAGCUGAUCCGCACGUCCCUCGUGGAAUCCAGCCACCACGUGGAGAUCCUGCAGCAGGACCCCAGCUCCCCGCUCUUCUCCGUCAAAACCUUCGAAGAGCUGCCCCUGAAGAAAGAGCUCUUGCAGGGGAUUUACAUCAUGGGCUUCAACAGACCAUCCAAAAUCCAGGAGACGGCUCUGCCGAUCAUGCUGGCCUAUCCGCCCCAAAAUCUGAUUGCCCAGAGCCAGUCAGGGACAGGGAAAACGGCAGCUUUUGUCUUGGCGAUGCUGAGCAGAGUUAAUGCCGCCGAGAAAUACCCGCAGUGCCUCUGCUUGGCUCCCACCUACGAGCUGGCCCUGCAGAUCGGGCGCGUGAUCGAGACCAUCGGGCAGUUUUGCGCUGACAUCAAGGUGACGUACGCUGUCCGGGGAAACCGAGUUCCGCAGGGCACCACGCUGAAGGAGCAGAUCGUCAUCGGGACGCCGGGCACGAUGCUGGACUGGUGUUUCAAACGGAGAGUCGUAGACGUGAAGAAGAUCAACAUGUUCGUGCUGGAUGAAGCCGACAUCAUGAUCGACACUCAGGGCCUCUCCUAUCAAAGCAUUCGCAUUCAGAGGGCUUUACCCAAGGGCUGCCAGAUGCUGCUCUUCUCCGCCACCUUCAAGGAAACCGUGCGGGCGUUCGCCGUGCAAAUAGUCUCCAACCCCAUCGUGAUAAAGCUGCGCGAGGAAGAGCUCACCCUGAGCAACAUCAGGCAGUACUUCUUCGUCUGCAGGAGCCGGGAGGAAAAAUACAGAGCCCUCUGCAACAUCUACGGCAGCAUCACCAUCGGCCAGGCUAUGAUCUUCUGCCAGACUCGGAGGAGCGCCGACUGGCUGUCGGUGGAGAUGAGCCAGGACGGGCACCAGGUAGCCAUCCUGACGGCGGAGCUGACGGUAGCCCAGCGGGCCGACGUCAUCCAGCGCUUUCGCGACGGGAAAGAGAAGGUCCUCAUCGCCACCAACGUCUGCGCCAGAGGGAUCGACGUGCAGCAGGUCACCGUCGUGGUGAACUUCAGCCUCCCCACCGAUCAGAAGAGCGAGCCCGAUUUCGAGACCUACCUCCACCGCAUCGGGCGGACGGGACGCUUCGGGAAGAAAGGCGUCGCCUUCAGCAUGGUGGAAAGCCAGAACGUGGGGCUGGUGCAGAUGAUCGAGGAACAUUUCCAGACCAAGAUCAAGCAGCUGGACCCGGACGACAUGGACGAGCUCGAGAAGCUUGAAAACUGAGUGAGCGGUGGGGAUUUGUUCCCCUAGAUCCGAGUUUUGGUUCCAAACGGAAGGAAAAGUUACG